AUCAGCAUCAUUUGCUCUUGUCCAUUCUUGCAGCGACACAAGUUUUAUCGGUUUUUAAACUUGAAUGAAAAAAAUGACCGACUUAUUCGUGCCCGGUAAUGUUUUACAAAAAUUGGGUAUCUUGUUUUUUCUGGUGUUGCUGGUGAGUUCGAAUUCUGGUCUGAAAUUGGAUUCGGAUGGAGGUUAUCAUGUCUCCGUUGGACUGGAGGGGACCGAACCGGAAGAUACCGUUGCAUUCUUGGACACCAUCCAGACUGACAUGGAAGCCCUUUCUGACCUCAUGUUCUCCUCCACCGAGAGUAAUUUCCAUCUCAAGUCCGUCACUGUGGUCAUCCCUCCGGAUUGGGAUCAUGUUGCAGAGGAAGUUACGGAAGGUGAAAAUUUCUCUGAUUUGAAAUUGUGGGAGGGAACCCAAGUCCCAAUCGUGCGCCGUUCUACGCAGUGUGGUCAACCAGGAAGUCAAAUACUUUUGCCGCUCAACUUCUUCAGCCCUGCAAACCAAGCGCCGCGAGACAGGUCACUCCUCCACUAUUGGGCGCAGUACCGCUGGGGAAUGUUCCAGGAAUCCGGCUUCCCGUACAACACUCGUUUCCCAUAUUUUGUCCAACGCGAAGAACUUGGUGACUGGGAGGCGAACGCUUGCACGGACCAAACUCUGACUGGCGCUGUCCAAUUCCCGAAUGGGACAAGUUGCCCAAUUGACGAGGAGGCUCCGCCGACGGCUGAGUGUCGUUUUAUUCCAGAGGAUCCCCAACCGGAAGUGGUUCAUAGCUCUCUCCUCACUCACUUUCACCACCUCAUGGACUCCUUUUGCACCUCGGAAACUCACCAGGCAACCCUUCCCACGCCGCACAACGUGUUUUGCAGUGGUCAAAGUGCGUGGGACGUUCUCCUGGGUUCGGAUGACUUCAAAAGAGUCACUCAGCCUGCACCCGGCACGAGGCCGCCAGUGACAUUCACCACCACGAAGGCUUCCACGCUCCCGUUAAUCCACUUCAUUUUUGAUGCUCGGGUCAUUCAUCAGAUGCCGGAGGAUGCUUUCGAGAGAAUUAAGGUUUCUCUCCGGGCCAUCUUUGACGUGGGGUCAGGUGUGAACGAAGAGGGUUUCGCUGCAGUCACCAUUUUUCCGGCAGAAGCGGAGGAUGGCCAAUUGACCCAGCAGACUGUUGCAUGGACCAAGGUGGCCGGUUCUGCGAAUGAGUUUCGUUUGUCCAUCGACAAAAUAUCGACGAUUGGAACCACGCACGCCCAUUUUGGACUCGCCCUCAGACUUGUGUCUGAAGACAUUCGAGCGAGACGCCAUCCAACUGGAAGCUUCAUCUUUAUUUUUAAAGGCAGCACGGGUUCCAAUUUUGACGAGAUGCCAUUCGAGGACGAAGUCUUGAGCUCUCUUCUAGCCCACAAGGUUCAAGUCCACGCAGUCGAAGUUAGCCAUGGACCCCUCGACCCUGGCACCAACCUUGUUCACCUCACAGAAAUCUCGGGCGGAAGUCACUUCACUCUAACAUCCUUCAAUAUUGGGGCGCAAUUUGACACCUUUCUCAGGAAUUUUAUCCUCGCCACCAAAAGCCCAGAUUUUGUAGCGCCCUCGGUGUUUCCGCUCGCAGCAAUGGUGGGGACGGAAGUGGAGCUUGCAUUUGGGCACGACUCGCCACUGCGUCUGCGCCUCACGACGCCCUUGGAGAUGGGACAAGUGGAGGUGGUGGGUCCGACAGGAAGCGUGGUUCCCAUCGAUGAGACCAGAUCCACGCCAGAGUGGAACGAGGGCAAAGCUCAAGGACGGCGACGUUCCUUGUCCAUCGUUAUUCCCUCCGCGGAAGCCACCAAAGGAUCAGUCUGGAGGAUCAAUUGUGUCGAUGGUAGAGUCACCAAUUGCAGUGGCUUUUUUGCCGUCUACGCAGACUCGCCACCUACACGAAGCAAAAACGUAGAAGAUAUUUCGCUCAGCGUGACAGCCCAUUUUGACGAGCAUUUAACCGGAUUGCUUUACAUAUAUGCUUUGCUGGAAGAAGGUGGCGAGUCACUCGUACGACUCGACUCGGUCGGGGAAUAUGACGCCAUCGCGAGCAUCUGCCUUCAAACUAGGCCGGACGAUUGUUGGAAUAUUCGACUAAGAGACGACGGAGCUGGGACACCUGACCUAUUGGCGGAUGAUGGCGUCAUGUCCGGUGCUUCCCUUCCGCCUCCUCGCGACGCCGUGUACCAGGUGCGAGUCGCCCUCAGCUACAGAUACAACUUCACUCCACCCCGUGGAAAAGAUGUGACUGAAGAAGGUCCCAUCUUCCCGUGCGCUUUUAGUCCUCAGGCGCCCAUUGAGCUCUGUGUGGGUCGUUAUCCUUCGGACAGUUUCCAGAUGGUCUCUGCUUAUCCGCAGCCCAUCGAAAUUUAUGCGUCCACAACGCCAUCACAAUCUAAGCCAUCUCGUACCUUUGAUCUGAGUCUGAUCUCGUUGCCUGGAGGGGGAUUAACCCUCGCGUGGACGGCACCCUCCAUCUUCCUCCCAGAAAAUGUCAUCGAGAGUGCAGAUGCUUACGAUCUCCGCUUUUCUACGAACUGGGACUCGUUGGUGGGCGAUUUUAAUGGAUGUGUCAGAAUAGAGAUUGACACGAUCCCUGCCACUCCUGGGGUCAAGGAAGAGGUCACGAUAACUGGGGUAGAUCCCAGCCUACCCGUAUUUUUUGGUCUCAAAUCCAAGUUUGAAGAUACCGAGUCUGAACUUUCUAACGUGGCGUGGGGACGACCAUCUCAAGACGAGGGCUCGAGUACGACGGAAACUGUGUCAGCCGAGGACACAACAGCAAUACCAAGAUCCACCACGACUGAGGCUCCAACCACUCAAGAAGCGACAUCGCCCACGCCGACUGAGUCGACUGCCACUACACAAUCAACGACAGAAGCAUCGACACAAACAACGGUUGAAUCUACAACUAAAGAGGCAACCACCAAUGAAUCGACGCCAACAACGACUGACGAUUCGACAACACAGACGUCCGAGGAGCCCACAACUGAAGAACCGACAGCAUCAACUGACGAUUCGACAGCACCAACAUCUGAGGAGCCCACGACUGAUGCCUCGACCACGCCGACGUCCGACCCGUCCACGACUGAAGAAUCGACAACGCCGACGUCUGAGCAACCCACGACUGAAGAAUCGACAACUGAGACGUCCGAGGAGCCCACGACUGAAGAAUCGACAACUGAGACGACCGAGGAGCCCACGACUGAAGAAUCGACAACUGAGACGUCCGAGGAGCCCACGACUGAAGAAUCGACAACUGAGACGUCCGAGGAGCCCACGACUGAAGAACCGACAGCAUCGACUGACGAUUCGACAUCGCCAACGUCUGACGAGCCCACUACAGACGACUCGACAACGUCAGAGGAGCCCAGCACUGGCGAUUCGACAACUCCAGAUCCCACGACCCAGGAGUCGACCGGAACGACGGCGAGUACAGUGAGCACGACCAUUCUCACAACUCCUCCACCUGUGGUCACGGAAAAACCUGAGUACUUUUUCAAAACGACGGUGGGUUACGUGACGGCGGGGGCGAUCGCCCUUGUGUGCUUGGCUGGAAUGGGGGCUGUGAUUGGACUUCUGUGUUGGAAGCGCAGAGCCAUCAGCCUCGCCCUGGCAGCCAGAUCAGCCAAUCAGAACAAUAUUUAGAACAAUUAAAGAUACUAAUAACUCAUUUCUUACCGUAACUCGUAAUUAUGCAUGGCUUUAAUAAUAAUUGUAUAUUUACAAUAAGAAAUUAAAUACUGAAUAAUUGUAUUUGUGUCGCAUUUAUUUCUAAAUAUUUUAAAUUUAAGACAUUAUAUAAAUAUGGCGCACACAGUUUUAUGUAAACUAAUAAACCGUUCAACAAGA